AUGGCCUCCACAGAUGUCGCCACCAUGGUCGACAGCUUCCACUCGCUCACUCAAGAAGAGCGCAAUAUCUGCAGAGCGUUCAUCACCUCCGCAGUCCUUGCCGCCAUCGAAGAGGAGUGCAAGACAGUGGCGAUUCGCGAGGCAUUGAAGGAGGACCUGCGCAUGCGCUUGGAGGGCGUGAAGGUUGGUGACUUUGUGUUGGUGGUGCAAUAUGCGAAGAAGUGUCGUUCGAUUCCAGCAGCUGAACAAGAUCCCGAGAACGAAAACACAGGCGAAGAGGAUGUCGAGGUCGACCUGAGCCAGGCGAAUGAGGAUGAGGAUAUGGGGAUGGACGAAGGUGAAGUUUCCGCUGGCGAGGAUCCUCCGCUUGACGUGGCGAUCCAGGAGGCGGACGGGGACGACAGAUUGAAAACCCUUCUCUCCGGCAACGGGACCUUGGGUCUAGAGGUAGAUGAGAUUCUGGAGGAAGACUCGACCAUGGAGGAAGAUGAAGAGGUCGAAGAUGGCUUGCCUUUCCCUGAGGAAGAGAUCAUUGACAACUUGGACGAGCCUGUGCCGUCGGAAGACGAGUAUGACGACAAGGAUUACGACAACACAUACAACGACAAUAUCUCCGAUUUCCAAAACGAGCAAGAGCAGGCCGAAGAUGAAGAAGUCCGUACCCCGAAGCUCUUCAUUGUUGAAAACGUCUCCCACGAUGACGCCGGCAACAUCGUCGACAUUCAGCUACGCCAUCUCCAUCUUUGCACCAAGCCCUCGUCUCUCUUCGCCUGCGAUGAUGGCUAUCAUGUCUAUGGCAGUGAGAUCGUGCUCAGGAAAGAUAAGCUGGCCGGGAGUGCGUUCGCAGACAUUCCGUCAGGGUGCCUCCUCUGCAAGGAAGCUCCCAACUCACCCUACAACAUCGAAGACCUGGCCGACUGGCUCGAGAAUCCACAGUUCGACCUCAUCCGCAGCCCCACCGGUUAUGAGUUUCGAAGGGCAAGGGCGGACUGUGGCCCAGUAUGUGUUGCGCAGUGCGACAACGGCUUCCUGCCCGACCAGGCCAGGCUCAACGACCUGCUCUACCGUCCGAUGAACCAGGUCUCGGAAUACAAGCCACUGUGCCCAUACUGUCUCGGAAUCGACACCAUGACAGUAUACCACGACCUCCGGAACAUGCGGGACAACUCGCUCGCCGAUCGAGGGCUGAUCUUCGACUACUGCUCGAACCUGAACAACACACUCACGGCGCUGGAGUACGAGCAACACUACGUAGAUACUGAAGAGUGGGGGCUGAGCCAUGGUGGUGGAAAUCACCAGGGAUAUGGAUCCGAUGCCGACUACGGUGACGAGAGCGGUAGCGCGGAUGGCGAAUGGGAGCGGUUCGACGAGGCGGAGGAUCCGAACGCCGGCGUCGUCCCUCAGCCAGCUCACGAGGACGCGGUCGCUGGUCUCAUUCGCAAGCCCUACGCCCAGGUUGGCGCGGACGAAUGCGCGAUCUGCCAGGACGACUUCGAGGUGGGUGCCACGGUAAUUGAGAUGCCGUGCGGUCACAUCUUCGACGUCGAGUGCCUCAUCGAAUCAUUCAAAAUGGAUCAUCGCUGCCCAUCGUGUCGGUUCCCGCUUCAGAAGAGCGAGAGCGCAGAGCAGGAUGAAGAGAGCGAGGAGGGGGAGAACGAGGAGGAAGAGAGCGAGGAGGAGGAAGGCGAGGAGGAAGAGGAGUGCGAGGAAGGUUGGGAGGAUGGGGACAAGGUGAUGGAAACAGAAGUGGCCGGGGAGGAUGAGGGUAAUGGUGUCUCUUCGGGAAACCAGGACAACACUGAAGCUCCUAUCGAUUUCGUCGUCCAGGACGGGGCGAUGUCUCUCGGUUGGUCGAGCGGGUCCGUUGAAUGGUGA